AUGGCUUACCUAUUAUUGUAUGUGGAUGAUAUCAUUUUGAUUUCUUCCUCGGAUGAGCUUCGGAGAUCUAUCAUAUCCUUUCUUAGCUCCGAAUUUGCUAUAAAGGACUUGGGACAGUUGAGCUAUUUUCUGGGCAUAGCAGUGACUCCUCAUGUAGGUGGUUUAUUUUUAUCACAAAAGAAAUAUGCUGCCGAGAUUAUUGACCCAGCUGGUAUGUCUUCCUGUAAGCCAUCUUUUACACCUGUUGAUACGAAACCCAAGCUUAGUGCUACUACCAACACACCAUUUGAGGAUCCCUCUCUUUAUAGGAGUCUUGCAAGGGCUCUCCAAUACCUUACUUUCACGAGACCCGACAUUGCAUAUGCAGUGCAAUAG